AUAUUGCAUGAGGCAUGGACUGGAAGUAUCUGCAGCUGCUCAUUUGGGCUGGACUUGAGUGGAGAGGGCGGAAGGUUAUCUCAGGAUAGAUGUUUGGAGAAAGGGUACAGUAAUGAUCCUCUCAGUCUGAUCAAUAACUAAAUUUGACAUAUGAUCCAAAUUGACAAUCCCAGCUGAAAUGUAACUGCACCAGAAGAACGACUGGUUGCAUGCUGAAAUUAACUUUGCAGUGCAAGUCAUUUCUGGGCCAUUAGCUAGAUUGCCGACGAAUUGCUGAUGGCAAACGUGAUUGGACUGUGGAGUGAGAAUCUCGAGUGUUUCUCUCCUUGCUCUGUUUGCCAAACAGCCGGAAGGGGCUAAGGUAAAAGCUUACACUGUGCAGUUUCGCGUGGUUAUUGCAAUUGGUUUUCUAGAGGGACCGACAGCGACUGCAUCCUCCAGCAGCAGCAGCAAAGCAGCAGCAGCAGCAGCACACACCCCUCAGCACCGGUGAUGCAUCCCCGCGGCAAGGACACGGACAACUCCUCGUCAGAGUCGUCUCGACUUUAGAAUGGUGAAGAAAUCUCUCAACGGCGGGGUUUACCCAACUCAAGCCGGAGAGAAGAAGCACAAAGUCGGCUUUGUCGGAUUGGACCCGGGAGCUCCGGAAUCCAGCAGGGAUGGGGCGCUGCUCAUUGCGGGAUCUGAAAGCACCAAGCGGAGCAGUAUCCUCUGCAGACCGAGGUCCAGCAUCUCCGCAGGUAGACCCAGACCGUCGAAGAAAAAUGCCAGCUAUCGGAAGCUACAGAAUUUCCUUUAUAAUGCGCUGGAGAGACCGAGGGGAUGGGCGUUCAUAUACCACGCUUAUGUCUUCCUCUUGGUCUUCUCCUGUCUCAUACUUUCAGUCUUUGCCACCAUCAAAGAGUUCAAAAAUAGCUCAGAGAGUGCCUUGUACAUCCUGGAAAUUGUGACCAUCGUGGUGUUUGGAGUGGAGUACAUUGUGAGGAUAUGGGCCGCCGGCUGCUGCUGUCGUUACAGAGGAUGGAGAGGGAGGCUAAAAUUUGCCAGAAAGCCUUUCUGUGUCAUAGACAUCAUGGUGCUCAUUGCCUCAGUAUCUGUUCUGGCUGCUGGAUCUCAGGGCAAUGUCUUUGCCACCUCGGCCAUCAGGAGUCUGAGGUUCCUGCAGAUCCUUCGCAUGCUGCGUAUGGACCGGCGUGGAGGCACCUGGAAGCUGCUCGGAUCUGUAGUUUAUGCCCACAGCAAGGAGCUCAUCACGGCGUGGUACAUUGGCUUCCUGUGUCUCAUCCUGGCUUCAUUUCUGGUCUACUCUGUGGAAAAGGAGUCGAACGACGAGUUUGAGACCUACGCUGAUGCUCUGUGGUGGGGACUGAUCACUCUCACCACCAUUGGUUAUGGCGAUAAGGUCCCGAAGACCUGGAAUGGGCGCUUGCUGGCGGCGACAUUCAGCAUGAUCGGAGUCGCCUUCUUUGCACUUCCUGCUGGCAUCCUGGGUUCUGGCUUUGCCCUCAAAGUUCAGGAGCAACACCGACAGAAACAUUUUGAGAAGAGACGUAACCCUGCAGCAGGCCUCAUACAGGGUGCUUGGAGGUUUUAUGCCACCAACCUGUCCCGUACAGACCUGCUGUGCACUUGGGAUUUUUACGAGCAGACUGUCGCUGUUCCCAUGUACAGACUCAUCCCGCCUCUGAAUCAGCUGGACCUGCUGAGGAAUCUGAAGGGAAAGUCAUUCAGGAAGGAGUCUCAAACUGAAACCUCGCCCAGUAAUGAAAAUGCACACAAAGACAGACUUUGCGGGUGCUGUCCGAGAACUAUUAGUCGGAAGGCCAGUCUGAAGGACAAGGUGUUUCCCAGUCCCUCCAAGGCUCCCGUGGUCAAAGGGAAGGCCCAGUCUCCAGGGGCGGAGGACGGGGCUGAGGGAAGUCCCAACAAGGUCGCCAAGAGCUGGAGCUUCACAGAGAAGAACAGAACGCCAAAACACGCUUUCAAAGUCAGAGGCGGCCCCUCACGGCAAAACUCAGAGGCAAUUGAAGGUUUAAUAAAGGCCAGCCUCCCAGGAGAGGAAAUUGGUGAUGAUAAGAACUGCCACUGCGACUUUCUCACUCAAGAAUUACCACCAGGCUUGAAGGUUACAAUAAGGGCGAUCUGCAUCAUGAGGUUUCUGGUGUCAAAGAGGAGAUUCAAAGAGAGCCUGCGGCCUUACGACGUCAUGGAUGUGAUAGAGCAAUACUCUGCAGGUCACCUGGACAUGCUGUCUCGCAUUAAGAACCUGCAGUCCAGAGUUGACCAGAUAGUUGGUAAAGGUCCUAAACCUGAAGGAGAUGCGGCGGAGGACCCGAGCAUGAUGGGACGUCUGGUCAAAGUCGAAAAGCAGGUGAUCUGUAUGGACAGGAAACUCGACUUUCUGGUCAACGUGUAUGUGCAGCGUAUGGGCAUCCCUCGCUCAGAAACAGAGGCCUUUUUCAACUCCAAAGAGCCGUAUCCAGCUCCGCCUUACCACAGCCCCGAGGAGAGCAAGCUAGAAAAGGAGGAUAAAGAGGAGGUGAAGCAAGAAAAGGAGGUGAAGACAUGCUCACCUGCAGAUGUCCCAUGCUCUGAUGGGUCGUUGGAAAAGAGAGAUCCUUUGCUGGGUCGGUCUGUGGUGAUUUCAGUGGGUACUCCUUCUGGCAGCCACAGCCGGCCCUCUACCUCCUGGCAGCACCAGCUGCAGCACCCCCUCAGCCAGCCUGCCUGGAACAGCAGCGUGGCCAACACCCCAUCACCAGUCGGUGGCAACGGCGAUCAUUCGCCCACCCUGUUCCGCCUACCCCCUCCGCCUGCUCCGGUACACGACCGAUCCUCCUCCGGUCAGGGCAGUGGCAGAGAGAGCUCCCAGAGCAGGAGGCGCCACAGAAGGCAGAGGUGUCAGCAGGAUGCCACCGCUGUGGAGAGCGACACGUCUCUGUCCAUCCCGUCUGUCGACCACGAGGAGCUAGAGCGCUCCUUCAGCGGCUUCAGCAUCUCGCAGGCCAAGGAGGACUUCUUUGGGCCCUCGUUCUUUGCGGGGUCAGGAGGUGGAGCCGCAGCGGGGACUGAGGCGGCAGCCGGACCUGCACUCUGUGCCAGGGUCAGACCCUUCAUAGCGGAGGGGGAAUCAGACACAGACUCUGACCUGUACGCUCCCUCCCCUCUGUCCUUUACCGGGGAGGUGUCAGGUGGAGAGAGGGCGUGGCCGGGGCUGAAGUAGGUCAGGGAGGACUGCUCUGCCUUGGUGAGAGGCUCACGCUGAAAGAGACCAACGCUUCAGGUCAGGAGAGAAGACCUCGUAGCCAACUGACUGUUUUUGCGGACGACGCUAUACCAGACCAUUUAAGGAGAAAUGAAUGGUCAUGAAUAGCUGUUUAUAACUGAAGAUGGUACAAAUAUGUCCUCAAAAAACAAAGGGGGUUGUCCUUUGUCACCUUUUAUUGUUUGUGAUGUGACACUUUACAGGAGAUGCUUUAUAUUGAUUUGCACUGUAUCCAUCAAUGUCUUGAUUUCAUAGAAAAUGGCUUUUUAGGAACAUUUCUUUAUUACUAAGUAAACAGUUUUGUUGCAUUAAGUCGUGAAGAAAGGAACACAAGAGUGUGAGAAAAUUAUUUAUGACACUUUCAAUUAGCAUUUGACUUAUACUUUGUGUAUGGGAAAAUCACCCGAGUGCAUUUCAACACUUCUUCUGUUACACACUGACCACUUAAAAUACAAUAAAAAAAGAGAGUUAGCCAUGCAGAACUGUUAAAGUCCUCUCACGUGGUUAGCAUAGUGUCUUGUUAACUUCUUACCUUUGAAUGACUUGAGGUGUUAUGAUGCCAAAACCGUAGCUUUGAUAAUCAAUUAGAUUCUUGCAGAAUAAUAAAAAAGUCACGCUUGCCUUCCAGGAAUAAUAAAAAAUCAGCAUUUUGUUUCACUGGAUACGACAGAAAAACUCCCCUCAAAAUUAACAAAGCAGUGAACCUGCUGCAUGGCAUGUUAAACUGUUGAUUUUAAGGACUUUGUGAUUCAGGCUACAAAACCAGACAAAAAUCCCACAAGUGUUUUCUUUCUCUACAGACAGACAGGGCGUUGAAUAAAAUAUGAAAAAGAUGCGUGCAUGAAUGUUUUCAAGCUACAAUACGUUCAUUUCUUUAUACGGCUUUGCUUGAAAUCUGAUUAUGUAUAUGCAGACAGAGCCCACUCAUUUCAGUGGCUUUACUUUCUGUCCAUAAAUUAUGUUUACUUUAUUACAGACUCAAAUGAUUACUAUGGAAACAAUAUGGGCUGCGAUGGAGACGAGCUCAUUUUUUUUAAGAUCACAAAAACAGGAAAUGUUCACGUUGUAUUGAGCAAAUCGUGCAACACUUGAUAAUCGGGAACAAAAGGUAUUCGGCCUGCGAUGCAUAGUUCAGUCAUUUAGAAAUAUCUGCUGCUUUGUCAGUCCUGCACUAAAUGAGGAAAUGCAAUAAAAGCAAGCAAGGCAAUCAAGAACCAUUCUUUAGAAACAUGAUGAUGGCCUUUUUCACACCCGACUCCAUUGUUUUUUAAGUAAUCAAAUCAGUCAUUAGAUAUAUCUCAAAAGAGAAGUGCAAGUACAUUUCCAAGUCUUAUAUAGGAGAUUCUGUGGCCGCGGAGCAGUCGUUAGGGGUUACAUGUUCAGGCCACUGAUAAUACUAAAAGCAUGGGAUCUAUAGGGGCAUUUGAAGCAUGAACAGUUCUUGUUAAAAACUAACCCUGAGUCAUAGCGAAACAACCACAACAUUUGAACUUUAUCGCCCCACAGUAAACAUCAAUCAGUAGACCGUUCACACCAGAUCCAUAACUCAUAUUUUCCAUGAGAGAAGAACAAAACCCUGCUGGCAUGUUUUCUACGAGCCAAAUGAAACGGACGUGUUGGGUUUUACAUGACACAGUAGCUCUUAGUUCAACACCAUCAUGUAACUGCACCUUCUUCUUCUUCAGUAAUAAAACUUUGUACAUCACUGAAAAUCA